GGCCGGGCCGGCGGAUCACCCCGCCCCCUAGGGCGGGCCCAGCGCAUCCCGAGAGCCGGCAGCGCAGCGCAGCGGGGACAUGGAACCCGAAAACAUGGAGCUGAACGGCAGCUUGUCCGGCACUGAGCAUCGAAGGAGUAGAGGAACCCAAUCCAUCAACUUUAAUCACUAUGCCAACAAGAAGAGUGCAGCAGAAAGCAUGCUGGAUGUUGCUUUACUCAUGGCAAAUGCCUCUCAGCUCAAAGCCGUGAUUGAUCAAGGAUCCAACUUCAAUUACUACGUGGCACUUGUCAUCCUCAUCAGCAUAUCACUCAUAUUUCAAGUCGUCGUGGGCAUUUUAUUAAUAUUCAUUGUCAAAUAUGACCUGAAUGACCCGAACAAGCAGAGCAGGCUGAACCAUCUCAACAACCUUGCCACAGGCAUGGUGUUUCUCAUUGUCAUUGUCAACAUUUUCAUCACAGCGUUUGGAGUGCAAAGACCACCUCCACACCACACAAAUCCACAGUCUUUUUAGCAACGGCUAAACAAGCUGAAACACAAGGAUCGACAAAAGAAAACAGACCCCAAGCAUCACCAGCAGUGUUACUACUGAGGGAAGACUGGCAGUCUCAACUGUAAUGAACACAGGAUUUUAAUAAUGAUUUGAAAAGUACUUAUGAUUGUUCAGUUUUAUAAAUUGUAGCCCUCUAUCAUUUCCAUCAGUAUCUUUGAAAAAUAAUAUUAACCAUGAAUAUAUGGAGGGUAUAAGUUGGCCAGAAUAUAUUUUAUAAUUUAUGAACAAAAGCAUCUGCACCUUAUAACAUAAAUUCAAAAUUUUGAGUGUUCAGAGGUAAGGAAUCAGUAAUGAAUCUGUAAGCCAGGCAUCACAGAGGAAUACACACUAGGAAUUAGCUGGAAGAGCCCUGAUGGUCCCUAGACCUGCCCCACCAUUCAAUGUCUGCUCCAGGAUUCGUCUUCUCGUGCUUCAGUUCUACAAAGCCCUCAGUUCCCUCAUCAAGAACCUACCUCCUCUUUUAUAUAUCUUUAAUGCCAGUCUAUGUACCUGCAAUGAUCUAGUCUCUACAACCCUUUGGUGUGGACCUGAAUGUUAACUGUCUGCCCCCUUACCCUGUGUUCAUGUCCACAUAUAUGCAACUCUCCUGCUCCCACAUCUGCCUUGUCGUGCCUCUGCAGGACCCAGUAUGGUUCCAUAAGUUGACCCCUCGUUCUGCUCAACUGCAGAUUUGUGGCAGGACACCCUCUCAUGGCGGGCAUUAGCCAAGUGAAUCUCUCCUGAUCCAUCUCCAAUGCUAAAACAUCCUUUCUUAAGCUACGGGACCAAAACUGUACGUAGCACUCGAGGUGCAGCCUCACCACAAUGUGACAGAAUCUCUAUUUCUAAACUCCAACCCUAUAUCACUAAAGGACAAUCUUGUCAUUUAUUCACUUGCUACAUCUCCUGCUAACUAUUUGUAUUUCAUGCACAAGCUGAUCAAGAUUCCUCGCCACUUUACUCAUUUGCAAUUUAUCUCUACCUAAGUCAGUUUUUUGAUACCUCCUAUCUAUAUGCUUGACUUGUUAGAUCAACCUCCAUUUGCCAUGAUUUUGACCACUCACUCAAACCAUCAUCAUCAUAGCAACAUGGUGGGCCUGUAUCUCCCCAUUCUCUCGGAUUCCCCUCUCCAAUGACUAGUCCUGUACCACAACACUCUCCUUCUCCCUACUCACCAGGCCAGUGCCUGUCUACUCUGACGUCUUCCUCUCUCCACUCACUAGGUGACUGUCUUCGGUUCAGAAUGUUGUUGGGUUUAUAAAUCUGCCGGCUCUUUUGAUUUGCAACAAAACACAUACAUGUACCAUGGUGUGUUUAUGAUGUGGUCAUACAUGGACCAUGGCGUGCUUAAGAUGUGGCCAUACAUGCAUUAUACAAUGCCAGGCCUUUAUAACAUUUCCGUACAAGAUAUGAAUCACUGCUUUUUUAGCCACUCGGGUCACUUAUGUAAUUGGAGCAAAUGCGGGAUAAAUUUUCAGGAAAAUGUUGCUUCUCUUUUUCCCUUUAUUUGACUAAAGAGCUAAAAUAAUUCUUGAUGUCGCUCUACUUUUACAUCAUUUACAUUUAUAUAAAACAGUCUGGGAUUUCCUUUUCUCAAUCCUCUGCCUCUUAAAAGAACAUUUUUGUUUCAUCAAAUAUCAUUUUCUUUCUUUUUACAUCCUGCCCUGUUUAUUGUACAUUAUCCAUGUAUUAGAAUCCUUUUCCAGUUACACCUUUUAUGUUUCUUGUAAUGCAUGAGCUGGCACAACAGCAAUGUCACAUCAUUCCUAACUGUUGCCCCAUAUUCUUAAACUCUAGGGAUUCAAGAUAGUGUUGAGGAAGGACAUCCUCCUAAUUUGAGGAAGGACAUCCUUGUGAUUGAGGCAGUGCAGCGUAGGUUCACGAGAUUGAUC